AAAUUUUAAGUCAUACUUAGAAAUAGUUUCAUCUUACAUACUCUAAUAUUUUUAAAGUUCAUCUUUUUUAAAUACAUUUACAAUUUAAAUAUCACAUAUUUUAUAUAUUAUGGCAGACAUCAGUGAAGAAGAUGAAACACUUAAAUUAGAGCAAAAGCACAAGAAAGAAAAAAAAGAGCUACAAGCGCAAAUUCAGGCUCUGAAAAAGGCUGCCAAAAAUGAUAAAACAAAGAAAAAAGAACUCAACGCAGAAAUAACAAAAUUAGAAUCUAAUUUAGAAGAACGCCAUAGAAAUGAAAUUGAAACAAAUGGAAAUGGUACAAGCCCUGAAAUAGAAUCAGAUGUACAAGUUGUAGAAAGCGAUAUUAAACCAAAAAUUUCAAAAGCCCAAAAACGCAGAGAUAAAAAAAUACAACAAGAGAGAGAUCGUGAGAAAGAAAUCAAAAUGCAGGAAAUAGAAAAUAUCAAUGGACCUCGAAACAUAGAGAAUCAAGCAAUAAGUAAACGAUUAGAAGAAAGAAAUUUGAAAAUUUGCCCAAUACCUUCGGAUGGUGAUUGCCUUUAUAAAGCUGUUGCCCAUCAAUAUGAACUUAAGUAUGAUAAGAAAUUACAAGUAGAUGCUUUAAGAGAUAGUGUAUCCCAGUAUAUUUUAGAACACAAAGAAGAUUUUAUGCCAUUCCUCACUAAUACUGAUACAAAUGAAAUGCUAACUGAUCAAGAAUUUGAAGAAUAUUGUGAUAAAAUAAAAAAUACAAAGGUGUGGGGUGGACAGUUAGAGAUAAGGGCCAUUUCCAAUUGUUUAAAAUGUCCCCUUACUGUGAUACAGGCUUCAGGACCUGAAGCAAUAGAACAAGGUACCGAGUUUCCUGGUCAGGCGCUAACCAUUUCGUACCACAGACAUAUGUACAGUCUAGGGGAACAUUACAAUUCUACUCAAAUUAUCAAUAAAAAUGAUGUUAAGUUAGAGGCGUAAGUUUUGUAUAGCGUCAACACAAACCACUACUAUAAACUUCUGAUUAUCAGUAGGAAUGAAUGGACUCUAAAUAGUCAAUAGAAUUAAGACAAGUAUUAUUUGAAAAUAUUUUAUUUACAUAAAAAUAGCAGUAUCAUAAUAAUUGGUUAAUGUACUGACUUAAUAAAAAAAUACCAUUUACUUUUGUAUUUGUAAAUGAUGUUUUUUUUUAACCCUUUAGCUGCCAAAGUGAUUGUGUGAUGCUGAUUUUGCAACAAACUAGAGAGUAUGUUGACUUUCUUUAUUAACUUUUGAUAUAUUUUCGAUUAAUAGAGUAUUCUUAAAGGCAGUAGAUACAUAGUUUUAGUCUAUUCAGGAACAGCAUCACCAGGGUGUGACGUGCGCCACAAGGUCAAACAAUAUCAUAUUUUUUUUAAAUAGUCAGUUCCAUCAUCGUUAUUAUGAUAAUAUGUGUGUUUUAUUUACUUAUUGUUAUUAUUAUUUG